AUGGAGACCUUUGACGUAAAAAUCACUUGGAAAGAAAAGAUUGCUGAAAGAAUCACAUGCGCCCUGCUAACCACACUAGUUCUUGAGCUCAUUUUCCUGGUAACUCUUAUUGUGUUCAUCUACAACGAUUCCUCUUCGCAGUUCUUAUUUUAUAUUUUCUCAAUCUUAGUUUUGAUGGUAGGUACAAUAUACUUUGCAUGGCAUUCUCUUGUAAAAGAAAACGCGUUUGAAUUAUUGGCAUUUAUGAUAAUAUCAUCAAUUCUCAGCUUCCAUGGGAUUUACCAAACGAUAAAGCACUCUAAUUAUAUGACUUUGACGCUCGUCUCAAUUCUGGUCCUUACUCUUUUGGGAUUUUAAUUAAAAUUUUCAGGAUUUUAUUAAAAAUUAUUUAUUUACUUUUUAUCAUCAUAUUAUGAAUUAACAAUAAAUGAUUGAUAUGAUAAUGCUUAUAUUUAUUAUUAAGUAUUCAAUUUAUUAAAGAUGAUUAUUAUAGAAUAGAAUUAUUGAACUUAAAAGGAAAUAUUUUUAUGAUAACUUCAUAAGAGAAAAAUGAAAAUAUGAAACUUGGAAACAAAACUAGAAGAUGAAGAAUUAGAAAACUUUAAAAAUAAAAAAAUAAAAAGAUUAUUUAUUUAUUGAAUAAAGGAGUUAGCAUUUCCCAAGCUUUUUAUUUCUUCUCCUUCUAUUUCGCAUAUAAAAGAUUCACGCAUAGAAUCACUAACGAUUUACAGACGCAGAAAAUUAAAGAAAAAGCAUUCAAAUUAUAUGAAACCUUUGUAUCAGUCAUAAAAGUCGAUUUUUUAUUAUAUACACUAACAGCAGGGACUUUUGUUUAUUAUAUCCUUGCAGAUUGGAGCAGUUUUAGGCUUGGAGGCCUCAUUUUAUGUGGAGUUUUCUAUUUUAUAAUGAUAUGCUACUCAUUUUUGGGUAUUUUAGCUGUAAUUUUUAUUUAGACAACCCAAGAAAAAAUGAAGCUCUUGCUUUCAUUUUUAAUUUUAACUCCUAUUUGUCUAGGAAUUAAGCUUUACUUUUUAAUUGUGAUCGCAAUUUCUCCAGGGGAUUCAGUUGAUAGAUUUGCACUGAUCCAAAUUUGUGUGAUUGUAGGAGUUGACAUAUUUGUUGCAGCUGGACUUGUGUACAUGGGCUAUAUUGGCUAUCAAAGAGGAAAAGUCGGGUUGAUGUCUCUGAUCCGAGCUGCAAGUGAUGAUGCAAUUAAAUCUCCAUUUAUCUAA